AUGAACUAUGCUGCUUCUGGUGAACGAGUUGAAUUGUUGGAUUCACGAAUUUCCACUCGUGUGCGACCAGCUAUUAUACGUAAUAUUAUUGGCAAUCGUCUUCAAGUUUUUGUCGAUAAAAAAAGCUCUGGACGUUCGAAAGCAGGAGAGGAAGAAGAAGAUAGUCAGAUAGUAGAAGGAAUUUGGUUGGAUGAGAAUUCACCACUAAUAUUUCAUAUUGGUUGGGCGAUUAAUGUCGGUUAUGAACUGAAAGCGGAUAAAACUUAUAAAGAACAUUGCGAAAAAAUAGUGAAGGCUUUAAGAACUGGUUUUUCUGAAGUGCCUUUUGAAACAAAAGAUGCAAAGCCUUCACAGUUUGCAAACAAUCACUAUGGUUUUCAAAAUUCUUAUGAUAAUAAGGAUGUGUGGAAAAUUGGUAUGAAACUUGAAGUACUUGAUCCUUUAGAUACUUGGAAAGAAUUACGAGUGGCUACAGUAUUAAAGAUUAUGGAUGAAGGAUUCUUAAAGAUUGCUAAAGAUGACGCGCAAGCUAUAUCGCUCGGUAUUCCAAUCGGUUUCGAUGGACAUGAAAUCGAUGAAGACGCUAUUCCUAUCCAUUCUUCUUCGCCUUUGCUUUUUCCAGUUGGCUAUGCUGAGAAAUAUGGAAUCCCUUUAAAGGGUCCAGCAGUAGAUGGUAAUUCUUUCAAUUGGAUUUCAUAUAUUCAACAGACGCAGAGCAUAGCUGCUCCUGAAUCACUUUUUCAUGCAGUCCCUGAUGAAAAUCUUAUGAAAAACAAUUUCAAGAUUGGCGCUAAGCUCGAAGCUGUGGACAUGUGUGAGCCAUAUCUUAUUUGUGUUGCAACUGUAGCUGGUCACAAGGGUCGUCUUCUUCAAAUAAGAUAUGAUGGGUGGGAUUCUUCAUAUGAUCAACUCUUUGAUUAUAGGUCAAAUAAUAUUUAUCCGCUUGGUUGGUGUGAAAUCAAUGGGUAUAAAUUAGAAGCACCAAACGCAUCUAUAAAUGCAAAAAAAUAA